CUCUUGUUCUUAGUUUACACGUACAUCUUUAUUUUAACACGGUAUCAGAGAUGAUGAUUAUGUUCUAUUAUGAAUCUUCUAAAUGGUUGUGUUUCUUUUGAUUGUUUCAGUAGACCUUAAAAUGCCAUCUGCAAGUCCUGAUCCAAUUGAGGAAGAAAGGGAACCAUUUGCUGAAGUUGAUCCAACAGGGAGAUUUGGUCGAUACGCCGAGCCACUAGGCCAUGGUGCUGUGAAGAAAGUAUACAGGGCAUUUGAUAUAGAAGAAGGAAGAGAUGUUGCCUGGAAUCAGAUUAAAUUGAGCAAAUUUAGUGACAUGCCUUAUGUCAUCAGUAAAAUUCGUUCAGAGAUCACAUUGUUGAAGAACUUGAAGAAUGAUAAUAUCAUUGUGCUAUAUCAUUUCUGGAGAGAUAAGGAGCAUAACAUCCUCAAUUUCAUCACUGAGGAAUGUGUGUCUGGUAAUUUGAGGGAUUAUAGGAAGAAGCAUCGUCGCGUUUCCAUAAAGGCGUUGAAGAAGUGGUCUAGGCAGAUAUUACAGGGGUUGAAUUAUUUACACACUCAUGAUCCUUGUGUAAUUCAUAGAGACCUUAAUUGCAGCAACAUAUUUAUCAAUGGGAAUGUUGGAAAGGUAAAAAUAGGUGAUCUUGGGUUGGCUACAAUAGUAGGGAAGAGUCAUGCAGCACAUUCAUUGCUAGGGACACCAGAGUAUAUGGCACCAGAGCUAUAUGAAGAGGACUACACAGAGUUGGUGGAUAUAUACUCAUUUGGAAUGUGUUUGCUAGAAAUGGCCACUAUGGAAAUACCAUAUAGUGAAUGUGAAAGCAUAGCCAAAUUGUACAGGAAGGUUACAUCAGGUAUAAAGCCUCAAGCUUUCAACAGAGUGAGUGAUACAGAGUUGAAGGAUUUCAUUGAAAAGUGCAUUGGAAAACCAAGAGCAAGACCAUCUGCUGCUGACUUGCUCAUGGAUCCAUUCCUUUCUGAUGUUGCUAAUUAUGACAAUGAUCACAAUUGUUAAAUGUCCUUUGUUUCAAGUAUUAUUCUUAGUCUCUUAAGCUUAUUCAAGAAAUAAAUUCCUCCUUAAAAGGAUUUAAGUUAUGAUGUCAACCUAUUAUAGCAGGUUAGCUAAGAUUUUUAGCAAGUUAUCAAUUAAUGUUUAUCAUAAAUAUUUAUUUAUAUGGGAUAG